AUAGUGACCUCAGCCACCGCCCUGAGCUCUGCCAGUCUCAGCUUGGAGUCAUGAGAUGGACUGUCCAUGGGCAGGGUGGGCAGCGGCAGGAGCCAUCUCUGGGACAGCAGCAGUGAGGAGGGCAGCGAGCGCCAAGCCCUGUGCAGGCCACAAUGGACAAGUUCCGGAUGAUCUUCCAGUUCCUGCAGUCCAACCAGGAAUCCUUCAUGAACGGCAUCUGUGGUAUCAUGGCCCUGGCGAGCGCCCAGAUGUACUCAGCCUUUGACUUCAACUGCCCCUGCCUGCCUGGCUACAACGCGGCCUACAGUGCGGGCAUCCUGCUGGCACCCCCACUCGUGCUUUUCCUGCUGGGCUUGGUCAUGAAUAACAACGUGUCCAUGCUGGCUGAGGAGUGGAAGCGGCCGCUGGGCCGCCGCGCCAAGGACCCUGCUGUGUUGCGCUACAUGUUCUGCUCCAUGGCUCAGCGGGCACUCAUUGCACCUGUGGUCUGGGUGGCCGUCACACUGCUUGAUGGCAAGUGCUUCCUCUGCGCCUUCUGCACUGCUGUGCCCUUGACUGUGUUGGGUAAUGGCAGUAGCAUGGCUCCAGGCCUGUCUGCUCCUGAGCUUGCCCGCCUGCUAGCCCGGGUACCCUGCCCUGAGAUCUAUGAUGGUGACUGGCUGCUGGCCCGCGAGGUGGCCGUGCGUUACCUGCGCUGUAUCUCCCAGGCCCUGGGCUGGUCCUUUGUGCUGCUGACCACGCUGCUGGCAUUCCUGGUACGCUCUGUGCGGCCUUGCUUCACCCAAGCUGCCUUCCUCAAGAGUAAGUACUGGUCCCACUACAUUGACAUUGAACGCAAGCUCUUUGAUGAGACGUGCACGGAGCAUGCCAAGGCCUUUGCCAAGGUCUGCAUCCAGCAAUUCUUCGAGGCCAUGAACCACGACUUGGAGCUGGGUCAUACACAUGGGGUGCUGGCCACAGCCCCUGGUGCCUCUGCGGCCCCUGCACACCCCGAUGGCUCUGAGGAGGAGAGGGAGAAGCUGCGGGGCAUCACGGAUCAGGGCACCAUGAACAGGCUGCUGGCUAGCUGGCACAAAUGCAAGCCACCUCUGCGGCUGGACCAUGAGGAGUCACUGGUGGGCAAUGGCUGGGUGGGGAACAGACCCCGGCCCCCACGCAGGGAGGUAGCCACCUACUUCAGCAAAGUGUGAGUUACUCAGUCCUGCAGACCCCAAAGCAGGCCUGAUGCUGGGCCUGCAGCCCUGGAGCAGACCCAGGUCCGCCUGCGCUCACCCAACAGAAGAGGAGGUUUGGAGCUGGCAGCCUAUCCCCACUUCUCCAGGGUGCUGGUGGCCUUGGAACAGCAGGUCCUGAGCAGUGUUAGUUAGAAAGCUGCAAACUUGUUUGGGGGCACAGGGAUAGGUGGCUACUACUCACCAGCCCAGACUCAGAAAGCAGCAGAUCCAGCAGCCCCCUGCCCUGUAUCCCUGAAUCUGGGCUAGGGUAAGGAUGCAAGCGACAGAAACUCCUGUUGCAGAUUGCAGCUUUACCCACAAGGCCACAAAGCUGGCCCCAGCAGACAACUUUUAAGCUGUAUUUGCUGCUGGUGGGUCUCAAACAAAGCAGUCAGGUAAACCCAUGCUGGUCAGGUUCCCCCACUCCUGCCUUGGAUAAGCACAGAUCAGGGGGCCAGGAGGGGGUUGUCAACAGGAAAGGCCUGAGGAGCCCCUUCUAGGACUGACAGGGCGGCGGGUCUAGCCUGCACUAACACUCCAUCCCCAGCAUUCUGAUCCACCUGGGCUCACAAGACCCCUGACUGGGCACAGUCUGGACAGCUUCCUGCAGAAACCCGCCCUCGUGGAAUUUCCCAGCCUCCAGUCAGAGCUGGUCCACCUUCCUCAGAGGACCCCCGAUCCUGGAGCCAGCGCAGGCAUGCAGGGAAGAACUGGCGCUGCUGGGAUUUGCCCAGCCGCCGGUGGCAGCCCAGCUUUGAAAGUAAAGGGGGUGUGUACGUGUGUGUGCUGCGGUCCUGGGAACCCUGUGAAGGGUCUACUUCGUUCCGACGGGGCCCCUCCCCGUGGUAGCCUCUCCCUGGUGGGGUGCACCCAGUGGGGCAAGCUGAGGCUAGAUCUCCCCGGGGAUGGUGGCGAGGACCUCCGCCUGGCCUCUGC